AAGGGGUUCCUGGUGGACCGCGUCUUCCGGGUCGAGGACAAGAACCUGUGGUCGGCGUACGCGCUGCAGCGCAAGAGCAUCGGCAACUCGAUGAUGGAGCAGGGGAAGCAGCACCCGACGAGUGCAGUGAGCACUUGGAGGGACUGGAUGAGGGAGGAGCUGCUGGGAGACCAGCUGAGCAACGAGGUCUUCCUCUUCCAUGGCACGCAGCACGAAGUGACUGACGUGAUCCUCUCCUCGGGCUACGGGCUCGAUGAGCGCGUCUCGAAGCUGUCGGGGCACUUGGGAGCAGGAGUCUACCUAGCAGAGAACUCGAGCAAGAGCGACGAGUACUGCACGCCUGACGCUGACGGCUUGUGCUGCAUGUUCCUGGUGCGUGCAGCCUUGGGGUCGCCCUACGAGACGACGGCGAAGAUGACCAACCAACGGCGACCUCCUGCUGGCUCUGACUCCCGGCUCUUCGACUCCGUUAUAGCUCUGACAAGGGAGACCCACCCAGGGUCCUUCCUGCAGUGGCAUCGAGAGUUUGUCGUUUACGAUCGCCGACAGGCCUACCCGGAGUUUCUCAUCCAGUACAGG